UGGAGGUGGGGAAGGCAGAGCUAGAGAGACAGAGACUAGCAGGGAGGCAGGCUGGGUGCGGGCGAGAGGGAGCCACAGAGCCAGGCGCAGCUGGAAGGCGGAUCCCGGGAUCUCCUGGCCAGGCCUCCUCUCUCUCUUUUUGGCUAGAGCUGCCAGCCUCCGCCUAUCCCCCAGUUCCGGCCAAACUUCGCUCCCCUUCCCCAGCGCGGUUCGCUUUCCUCCGCCCUCCUCGCCGCGCUUUCCUCGGGGACUCCUCGCUCGGCGCUCCAGCCAUGCACUGCCAAGCCGAAGCCCGGCUAGCUCCCCCGGGGCCGCUGAAAGCAGCCAGGCGGCGCUACAAGACUUUCAUGAUCGACGAGAUCCUGUCCAAGGAGACGUGUGAUUACUUCGAGAAGCUCUCGCUCUACUCCGUCUGCCCGGCGUCGCUCAUCGUCCGGCCCAAACCCCUCCACUCCUGCUCCGGCUCCCCUUCUCUGAGGGCCUAUCCUCUCAUCUCUGUCAUCACCAGGCAGCCCUCGGCCGUCUCCCACUUCAUCCCUGCCGCCGGCACUUCCCGCGUCCUCUCGCCACAUCCGACGCCGGGGAGCACCUGCUCAGAGACCCAGGCCAGCGAGACCCAUGGGAGCAGUGAGUCGGAGGCGGAGCAGUCCGCACCCCGCUUGAAGAAGCCUCGCCGCAGCCGCACCAUCUUCACGGAGCUGCAGCUCAUGGGGCUGGAGAAGAAGUUCCAGAAGCAGAAGUACCUCUCCACUCCAGACAGGCUGGAUCUGGCUCAGUCGCUGGGCCUAACUCAACUUCAGGUGAAGACUUGGUACCAGAAUCGCAGGAUGAAGUGGAAGAAAAUGGUCCUGAAAGGUGGGCAGGAGGCCCCCACAAAACCCAAAGGCCGCCCCAAGAAAAACUCCAUUCCCAGCUCCGAAGAGAUCGAAGCAGAGGAGAAGAUGAACAGCCAAGCUCACCAGCCGGCUUUGGAGGAAAACCAGGCCACGGAAGAGUGUGGGUUGACUGGGGAGCCAUUGGAUGCCCCCUCAGAGACAGAGGAAUCUCCUAAAAACACAACUGAAACCACCCCUCUGGGAGAAACUGCAUCGAGUUAAGAGAGAGAGAGAAAAAGAGAGAAAGCUCCCCACACUUCCCAAAAGGACAAUGUACAAACUGGAGGCGUGCACACUUUGUGCCUUAUGAAAUCGAACAGUAUGGGUGGGUCGCUGUGGAGCAAAGAGACCCCUUGUAGACAGCAGCGACAGUUUCCUUCUUUCCAAUGCAGUGUGUACAUCCUCCCCACAGAUAGUGGGGCCUGAGCUCUCCUCCCAAAGAGACUGCAUGCUUGCAAAUCUGAGACUUUGGAAAUGCCCAGGGAGCUGGGAGGAAGAGGCUCCUUAGCGAAUGGCUGCCAGAGAAAACGGUCCCUUUUUGUCUUCCUCCUUAUUAUCCUCAGCUGUGAAAUGGGUUCGGAGCAGUGACUGCCAAACAAAGCAAGAGGUCCUUUGUUGUUGUUGUUGUUGUUCCAACAUGGCAUCCUCCUGCAACCAGUCCUUAAUUGGGAACGGGCGAAAGCAAAGGUGUUUUUAACAGGGGUGUUUGGGAAUCUGGGAUGUUUACGCUCCAGCGCCACAAAGAUCAGAGGUGGGUGAGGGAGAUGCAGGAGCAGAUUCUCGACUUCCUCGAGUUGCUCUCUGACUUGGAGGGCUUGGCAGCACCAGUGGCCAAUAGGGGCAAGAAUGAAGUGGUGGCAGGGGGUGGGCAAGAGGCUGGGGGAGCAGCAAGAGUUGUGGGAUGUUUGGUUCAUGGUGGAUGUGGAAGUUGCACUGGCUGAGGCAGGGGCAAGCAGGUAGCCCUGCCUGUAGCCACCCAGAGCUCAGUGGUGGCAGUACAAACCUCUGGCGCACAUGGAAGGGAAGGUGGUAGCUCAGUGGUAGAGCAUCUGCUUUAAAGACAAAAGGCCUCGGGUUCAGUUCCUGGCAGCAUCUCCAGGUAAGGCUGGGAAGAUCCAUGCAUGAAGCUCUGGAGUGCCACAGAUAGUUAGCGUAGGAAAUCCUGACCUCAAUGAAGCAACAUUUGAACUCUCGGUAGAAGGGUAUGUUCCCAUGGCUGGCUUCCUUGUCGACAUCAGAAGAGGAGGCAUAUCUAAGAUCGGGUUGCCAUGUUUCCAAAAGUGAAAAUCCGGACACAAAAGUUGUUGAGCUUUUCUUUUCUUUCUUUCUUUUUUGCCCAAAGUUGUUGAGCUAUUUUUUAGGAAAGUUGCCAAAAGAUCAGCACUCUUGAUAUGGGCUGCCCCAGGUUUCCCCCGGAUGUCCCCCCCCCCAAAAAAAAUUCCACCUGCAUUCCAUUUUUGACAGACGAAUCCUGGCUAUGUCCGGGAAAUUCCGGAAGUAUGGCAGCCCUAAUCUAAGGACUUCCGAAGAGUGCUUUGCUGGAUCAGGCCCAUGGGCCACCUAGCCCAGCAUCCUGUUCUCACAGUGCCCAACCAGAUGCCUGCAGGAAUCCUGCAAGCAGGGAAAGACCACAAGAGCACUCUCUCAACAGCACAGCCAUUAUGGCUAGUAUCCAUUAGUAGCCCUCUCCUCCUCCAUGAAUCUGUCCCACCCCCUUUUAAAGCCACCCAAGUGAGUGGCCUUCCUUGCCUCCCGUGGGAGAGAGUACUCAAGUCAAAGUUUAUUUGGCCAUUUCAUCCACACAUAAAAAGGAAAUAAAAGUAUUCUGUUGCAUACUGUACAGAUUAUACAGAGCUACAGGGACCACCAAUUUAUACAAAUAUACGUUGAAAUGGAGACCUACACACAUAAGUUUCUAUAUUACAUUGCUGAUCAGAUUUUACAGUCCACCGUAUUGUCUUGGAGGAACGUUCUUCUCUGUUUUGGGGCUGCAGCUGCCAGACCUAGCUGAGGGAGUGGUUUAACUAUGUGCUGCAUGAAGAGGUGUUUCCUGUGCCCUGGAAGCAUGCAUGCACCAAGAUCUGGGCCACUACCAAAGACCAGCAAUUCGGGGCACCUGCCAAUGCCUGGACCUCUUCUGGAGGCCCACAACCAAACCCUAGCCUGUUCCUUCUGCUCUCAGUUGCCUGUUCAUCUGCCUUCUGAGUGUAAAAGCAGCGAGGGAGGGAAGAAGGGUCUGUUUCCUCUACUUGGCAGUGGCUUGGUUUGGGCCAGAAGAAAGAGGACUAGCAAAUGUGCCUUGGUGAAUCCGACAAGUCGAGCUCAGUAUUGUUUACGCUGGCCAGCUGUGGCUCUCUGGGGUUUCAGGCAGAGGACUCUCCUAGACCUACCAAGGAUCAAACCCAGCACCUUCUGCAUGCUAGGCAGCUGCUUUACCACUGAGCCGGGAGUGGAGCUGGGAGUUUGUGCAUUGAGACUCAUAUAACUGCAGUGAAAAGAGGGGAAAGGGCCAGGGAACUACAGGAGGGCUGUCUGCUGGCCACCUGUUCUUUGAUAGAACGCUGGGAGGAUGAUGGCAGGAGGUUUGGGGAGAAGAAUCUGGAGCAGCUCUUGCAUCUCCCUAAAGACACUGGGGCAAUAAGUUGAGUUUAAGUUGCCAUAACUGAGGGUUGAUUCACACUGUUUCAUGCUUGAUCAUUGAGCCUGGUCCACAUCAGGAAUGGAGAAUCAAGCUAUGUGCACACCAUAACAUUAAAGUACUUCCCCCACCCACCCAAAGAAUCCUGGGAACUGAAGUUCACCCCCCACGGAGUUAUAAUUCCCAGCACCCCUAACAAACUACAGUUCCCAGGAUUCUUGGGGGGGGGGAAACCCAUGGCUGUUAAGAUUUUACAUGUUGGAGGUGGGUGUGACCUGCCCCUUCCCCAGGGUGGUUUUUAACAAUUUGCUCCUUUUCCCUCAGGGAACUCUGGGAAUUGUAGCUCUGUAAGGGAGAUAGGGGGAAUCUCCUAACAAAUCUCAGCACCUUUGAGAAACUACCAUCCCCAAGAUUUUUGGGGGGGAAGCCAUGUAGUUGGUCCAGGAGAUGCAGAUAAAAUCAGUUUGCAUUGAAAUUUGCAAAGACCAUUUCCCUCAGUUAUCUGCAGUCUAUUUCUGCGGCAGAAUGAGGCAGGUCAGACAUGCUCGGAAAGGAUUUUAAAGUGCAAUCCUAUAGAUUUUUCAUUAGAAGUAGAACCCCACUGAGGUAAAUGGUACUUACUCUUCAGUAGGUGGGUAUAGGAAUACAACCCAAGUUUAACUAAUUUAGUCAGUUGAUUGACUCACCCACAAAAGUCUAAACAUGUUUAGUCAGCGGUAAACUCCAUUGAGUUAAAUGGGUUUCACUUGCUGAUGAGAAAGGGUUGCAACUUGAGAUGGGCAAAUCAAUCAACGUCACUUUCCCACUUUUCCAAUCUGAUGUUCAGUUCUUGACAUUUUCACAUCAGUUUGCAAUUAUUAUUAUUUUUUUAAAAGUCCUUAUGAAAAUUCAUCAGCACCUUAGCAUAGAUUUUUUCUAACAUAUGCAUGCUUCUGCAUGCAGUUUUGCCUAAUACACACCAGCAGUUUCCACUAUUAGAAAGCACUUUCGCAUGCGGUUUUCACCAACGUAUGCAUUUUGAUGCACACUUUACCUUAGUGUACACAUUUUAGUACAUUUAGAGAACAGGAUUGCAAAAUUCGGAGAAGUGUCGAAUUCAGAGGAUGAGUGCCUUUUUGUCCGUGUAUCAUUUUGAGAUGCAUGCAUUUGAUAAGGGCUGCCUUUAAAUGCAGACUGAACCAAAUUUAUCCUUCAUCCCUCCUUGUGGACCUAAAUGUUGCAGCAUCAGUAUUUAAAGACCAGUCUUUUUUUCCCCCAACUGAAGUUUCCAGAAAUAAGGUGUGAACUGAUUCUUAGCUCGAGCCCUUUGUGAAGCCUAUAUCAACCCAAGGGGAUUUUCGAUGUCUACAGCAACACCAGUGUUUUUAGCGCUUUGGAUACGUUGGUCUCCAGAUUUAUAUGGCACUUACUGUAGGAGCACUGAAAUAUCUGGGGGUGGCGGGGAGGAGAGCGAGCCACGGAAACCAGAAGAAAACUUUGCAGGAGGAGCAUUGCGUUUAUUUUCCAACCCUGUGUGCCAAGAUUAGAUAAGCAUCGUGUUUCCUAUAGUCUUGUUCGAGGGUGCAUUUUUGCCCAAAGGCUGCAAAGAGAUGUAUCAAGAUAACCUUUAUUUUUUAAUUAAAAAUAAAAUAUAUAAAUAAAGGAAUUCAGCGGAAUCUCUCUCUCUCUCUCUCUCUCUCAUCCAAGGUUCUGAGAACUGGGUUUCUUCCUCUGCAUUUUGCUGUCGCGGGGCCAAAAAGCCUGGGGGGUGGGGAAUCGAAGACCCUGCGCUUCCCAGGGACAAUUGCAACAACAAAGCCCCGAGAGAGCACACCAGCUCUUAGAUGUGUCCCUCAACCAGAAAAUUUGCAUUUAGGAUGGUUUAGGACCUGGCUCGGUCAUGGGAACACAAAAAGAGCCCUGUGUGAUGAGAAUGAAAGAUCCUCACAAGGUGGUGGGCUGUCUUUCAUUGGAGCCUUUUAAAGAGAAGUCGGAUGCCCGUCCUCUGUCUGGCAUUCUUUAGCUGUGAUUCCUGCACCGCACGGGGGUUGGACUUGAUGACCCUUGGGGGACCGUUCUAACUUUACCGUUCUAUGAAUCUAUGAUCCAGUUUGCACAGUGGCCAAGGGUUACUCUGGACAACUUAUUUACUGAGUGCGUCACACUGAGCAUUCUGAUUUCCUUGUGCAAAACCUGCACAGAGGUUAGAUUACAUCGAAUCUUUCUGCUUUUUUUUGUGUGAAAUCACCCCGAUUUGCUUCUCAGUAAUCAUUCCUUCAAUACACACUUUUCAACGCUUUUGCCCUUCACUUUCCUAAC